GAGCUGGGAGGCGAAAGGAAACGGGACGGAGACUGGUUCGGCGGCUGUACUACGACUCCCAGCGUGCUCUGCGGCGGCAGUCGUGGUGUUUUCUGAGGGGAGGAGUGAGAGGCUGAGAGCAGCAGGAGGGAGAAGAAAAGAGGAGAGGAUGGUGGUGGCUGAAGUAGGAGGCGGCGAAGGAUGGAGUCUGCAGAGUAUGUAGAAGAGCUUCCUGAAACAGAUGAGCCUACUUGGAUCUUAGGCAGGCAGCACCACCUUAAAACAGAAAAGUCUAAGCUUCUUUCGGAUAUAAGUGCUCGUCUUUGGUUUACCUACAGAAGAAAAUUUUCACCGAUUGGUGGCACAGGCCCUUCCUCAGAUGCUGGUUGGGGCUGCAUGCUGCGAUGCGGACAGAUGAUGUUAGCCCAGGCUCUGAUCUGUUGUCACUUGGGGAGAGAUUGGAGUUGGGAGAAACACAAGAAGCAACCUGAAGAAUAUCACAAAAUCUUACACUGUUUCCUAGACAGAAAAGACUGCUGUUACUCUAUCCACCAAAUGGCACAGAUGGGUGUUGGUGAAGGGAAGUCUAUUGGGGAAUGGUUUGGACCAAAUACUGUUGCCCAAGUGCUCAAGAAACUUGCACUAUUUGAUGAAUGGAAUUCCUUAGCUGUUUAUGUGUCUAUGGACAACACAGUCGUCAUUGAAGAUAUCAAGAAGAUGUGUCAGUUCCCUUCUCAGACCUGGCCCAGUUCCCACUGCAGCCCACUAUCACACAGGAGCGUGCUCAGCCGAAACAAGAGCCCAGCAGGGUUCUGCUGUGGUUGGAAGCCUCUGCUGCUGAUCGUACCUCUUCGCUUGGGGAUAAACCACAUCAAUCCGGUUUAUGUUGAUGCUUUUAAGGAGUGUUUUAAGAUGCCGCAAUCUUUGGGAGCUUUAGGAGGAAAACCAAAUAAUGCCUACUACUUUAUAGGAUUCUUAGGAAAUGAGUUGAUCUACUUGGACCCUCACACUACUCAGAUUUUUGUAGAUUCUGAAGAACACGGCAUGGUAGAUGACCAUAGCUUCCAUUGGCAGCAAGCACCGCAUCGGAUGAAGAUAAUGAAUCUCGAUCCUUCUGUAGCCUUAGGGUUCUUUUGUAAAGAAGAAAAGGACUUUGAUAAUUGGUGUAGCCUUGUGCAAAAGGAAAUACAUAAGCAACAAAGUCUGCGAAUGUUUGAGUUGGUUCAAAAGCAUCCACCACACUGGCCUCCUUUCAUACCUCCUACAAAGCCAGAAGUAACAACAACUGGAGCAGAGCUCAUUGAGUCCACCGACAAACUAUUUGAAUCAGAAGAAGAGUUUGAGAUCCUGAGUGUAUGAAGGAAGAUCCAGUUGACCUUGUGUGUGCCCAUGUGUAGCAUAUGAUAGUGACUAUGACCACGCCAGCCUUUUCUCAUCCAGAAGUGCCUGCGUACAGUGAACAGAGCACAAGAACUGAACAUCACCUGGAACGGACAAUAACAGUUUGAAAAGAACUUCCAAGGAAAGGAAGUGGACAGACCUUGACCCCAUGCGUUUUUUCCAGAGUGUAUCUUGUCUGAAGAAAAUGAACUUUGGGGGGGAUGAAGGCGACAACAGUUUUGAAGCAAAGAUGCUGAUAUAUUGCUGGGAAUUGCCUUGAAGGCAUCAAUGCCUAGACGGCUAUUAUUAUUCAGUGUAGUAUAAUGCAAUAGUUCUACUCACACUGAAAGCAUGAUGUGGAGGUAAAGGUGUGUGUUUUCACCUCUUCUUCCUUCACCUGAACCGUUUCAUAGGAAUAAAUGUCUUGUUUUUUAUAAGAUCAACUGGAUCAGGGGAAAAAACCCACAGUGGUUUUGUUUAAACAUUUUAACACUUCUUCAACCACACUUCUAAAACAGACCGACCCCAAAUGUUUCUCUGAAAGAAACUAAGAUGCAAUUGUGCAAUUCUAGGAGCUACAUAAAUGGAUGGGGAAGUUAGAGGGCAGCCCUCCAACCUCCCAAACUGCCUCUCCCCACCUACGCUUCUGGAAAGGAAGCGAAGGCUGCACAGUGCCAGGAGCCGCAUGUCCCCUGGGUCAAUGUAGCUGUCCUCCUCUGUAAUUCUCACACUCUAUUUCACCUUGACCUUAAGUUCAAAUCAUUAUUAAAACCUUUUACUUUUGCUUCUGAGUAAAAUUAAGUAAUUUGUUUUAAAUUGUAUGGUAUUUAUUUAAAAAUAUUUACUGUUUCCCCUCCUCUGUGAGAGCACUUUACAUGUGCAUCUAAUAAAUUUCUUAAAACAA